GACAUUUAUGUACAGGCGGUCUCUGAGAUGCUUUGUAUUUUGUCCAGGACCCGAAGGUCGCAGCGUUGUUAGCAACAUGGCAACGAAAACACAAGUGCUGUCUCUGUACCGAAUGCUUCUGCGAGAGAGUAAGCAGUUCCCAUCGUACAAUUACAGGACCUAUGCGUUGCAGAGGAUAAAGGAUGCGUUCAGGGCCAACAGGACAAUUGAGGAUCCCAAGAUGGUUGCAAAGCUGGCGGAGGAGGGCCACAAGACACUGGCCCUGAUCAAGAGACAGGUGUCCAUAGGUAAGCUGUACGAGACUCAGAGGAACAUCGUAGAGGGCGUGGGCCCCCGCUGAAGCUCCUCAUGACGGGGUCCGGGGAACGCAGGCGGUUGAAACGAUGGAAGAUGGACGCGCAGGGAGGAGCGAUGGGGAGCCAGUUCCACUGAGGACCAACAGGAAGUGACAUCACCCAGCUGCACCGCUGACCUUUUCCUCCACCGCGUCCCUGCCAUCCUUCUUCAUUGCCCUGAGCGCCGUCCCGCGCUGCCAACACGGAGGGGAGAGACCUCAUCUGAUGGGCGGGGCUUAGGAACUGCCAUGGACUUCUUUUUUUUUUGGGUUUAAUAUUUGUUUAUAUAUAAACCUACUUUUUUCUUUUUAUUAGAAUGUUGGUGAUUGUGCACCUAAUUCACAGCUGGAAGCUCAACUAUUCUUCUCAAAAGAAGACCAAAAAUUCUUGAUACACAAAUCUGUUGUAGUUGCUAAUAAUACCAAAGCUGCUUACUUCUAACAGUGUCGUGACUCGUGGGUCACUUUUUUCAAAAGUGGUGUAUAAUUGUGACCGAUCUGCACGUAGCCAUGGGUAAGCUGUUAGUUGAUAAAAUGAGUUUUGGAUAUCAUUUGAGGAGGGAUAGCCAAUAAAAGUGUAUUUAAAUGCAGGCAUGUCAAACCGCGUUCGCUGGGUAUGUAACAUUGGGUGGAGUUGUAAUUAAUGUUGAAAUGUCAAGCGCACACAACUUUGGGAUUAAUUGAUUUGCCGCUGAAAGAAGUCAACGCUGCAGAGUCUGGUUGUGACGGCAGAGACGCACAAAAAAACCUAUAAGCUUGUGGCAAAUAGACACAAUCGACGCCACACAGAUCAAAUAACAUCUGUAUUCACCACAGAAGUUACCCGCUAAGGGGGGUGUGUGUGUGUGUGUGUGUGUGGCCAGUGGAGCUCAUACUGGGUGGUGGAACUCAAGGUCUUUACUGGUCCCCUCAGUGGAACCCUGAAGCCCCCGCUUCCUCUCUGUCAGUCUGCACGGUGGUCGAGGUCUUAACUCUGUGCUUGUAUUUGCGUCGCUCCUGUUGUACUUGAGAUGCGCUUUAAAUAAACUUGAGGAAUGCUAA